UGGUAGUGACAGCAACGGAGCGUCUUAGUCUGCGUUAAUUACUACAUUUCUACGUUUUUUCCUUUACUAAUUAAUGAACUGGACUCGACGCAGUGAACUCUGAAGCUUUUCCGGCGAGCUUAGAGUUAGCUUAGCUUGCUAGCCACUAAGGCUAUAAGCAGUGAACUCUGCAGCUUGUCGGGCUAGCUUUGAGUUAGCUUAGCUUGCUAGCCGCUAAGCUAAGAGAACGCGGAAGUUAUCGCUAAAAUGCGUGAAUUACAAUCUAUGAGAGUGUUGGUGACUCGGCGACUUACCGCGGCCGUGGAGGAAAUAUUUGUGGCGUUCGAAAGAACGAUAGCAGAGUACGAGGAGGAACUUUCUCGAAGAAAAGAGGAGAACGAGCGACAACGCCAGCUGCUGGACGCAGUUUUAUGGAAGCCUCAAGUUGUCUUGCACAGAUCAGACGUCCAGCAGCUGAGUGGUCAUCUAGAAGAAAAUCCCCCGCUGCCACAGGACGAAAGCUCUACUUUGAAGCAGGAGGAUCCACAGCCUCCCUACUUUAAAGAUGAAGAGGAGGAACAUAUGAUCAGUCAGUCAGGAGAAGAGUGUCUUCUUGGGCCGCAGGAGGCUGAUCUCACCAAAUUGCCUCUGACUGGUGUCUCUGUGAAGACUGAAGACCAUGAAGACAAACCACAAGUUGACCACCUCCUGGCUCCCCUAUCAGAUAGUGAGGACGUACCGUCACAAUCUACUGAGGAUGAAGACGAGGACUACACCCAAGUACCUUUGAGCAGCAAUACAGACUGUGAAGACGUCCAGCAGCUGAGUGGUCAUCUAGAAGAACACCCCCCGACGCCACAGGACGGAAGCUCCACUUUGAAGCAGGAGGAUCCACAGCCUCCCUACUUUAAAGAUGAAGAGGAGGAACAUAUGAUCAGUCAGUCGGGAGAAGAGUGUCUUCUUGGGCCGCAGGAGGCUGAUCUCACCAAAUUGCCUCUGACUGGUGUCUCUGUGAAGACUGAAGACCAUGAAGACAAACCACAAGUUGACCACCUCCUAGCUCCUCUAUCAGAUAGUGAGGACGUACCGUCACAAUCUACUGAGGAUGAAGACGAGGACUACACCCAAGUACCUUUGAGCAGCAAUACAGACUGUGAAGGUGAUACGAGGACUCACACUGACAACAAACACCCUGAAUGCUCUAAAGAUAGGAAAAAGAAGAAGAAGUCAGGAAAGAAGACAGGUAGAAAAGGUUUCACCUGCUCAGUUUGUGAUAAAAGCUUUUGUGAUCAAAAUUAUUCCGUUCGACACAUGAGAACACACACAGGAAAGAAACCUUUUAAUUGCUCAGUUUGUGGUAAUACAUUUUCUCAGAAGUCCAAUUUGACUCAACACAUGAAAACACACACAGGAGAAAAACCCUUUACUUGUUCAGUUUGUGGUGACAAAUAUGCUCGGAGGGACAAGCUGAAAUUGCACAUGACAACGCACACCAGAAAAAAACCUUUUAGUUGUUCAGUUUGCGGAGCUACAUUUUCUCGGGCAGAUGCCCGGAAAUUACACAUGAGAAGGCACACAGGGGAAAAACCUUACAAUUGCUCAGUGUGCUGCAAAACAUUUGCACGUAAGUUCACCUUGACUGAACACAUGAGAACACACACAGGGGAAAGACCUUUCAAUUGCUGGGUUUGUGGCGAUGCAUUUUCUCAUAAGGGCCCUUUGGCUGCGCACAUGAGAAAACACACAAGUUAGAAACUUUGCAUUUGUUCAGUUUGUGGUGAUACAUUUUCUCGGAGGCCCAGCCUGAAAUUACACAUGAGAACGCACACAGCAGAAAAACCUUACAAUUGCUCAGUUUGCGGCAAAACAUUUUCUCAUAAGUCCACCUUGACUGGA